CACAGGGUGAUACAGGACCGACGCUCUCCUCCAGUGAUGACCAGACCAGAAGAAGUCCACCAGCAGCUUCUGCAGCUGUUUCAUGAGGCCUGGUGGGGGCCACAGAAGAGAGGCGAUGUAAGCAAUACUGAACUUUUUCCAUAAUUAGGAUGUUAAUCAAUGUAGUUUACAUUUCUGUAUGUUCCGAUAUAGUAACACCAGGUCAGUUCCAUUGAAAACAUGCCAAGUUUAGAAGGUGCUCUUUUUAGUAAGUAAAUGCUAACUCCUUCUUCUUCCCCAUGCUAAAUGAGUCUCCAUUUACUUGACACAUCAACAUUACAAAAUCAAUCAUUGAGUCAACUACACUGUCUAAUUUUAUGUAUUUUCCAGCAGUCUGGAUGCCCUGCCCCUUCCCACAUUUCAGACAGUCAUGGUAUUUUAGGUCAUGGAAACUCACAAGUGUAUGUGGACAUAUGGUUAUGUGUGUUGGUUAUCCAAAUUACACCACACACUAUAAGAGCAGGAAGAUCACACAUGGCAUUUUCUUCCCCACUUCAUGUGUAUUGUCUUUUAUGCUUUAAAAGAUGUUAAAAAUUGGUAUGUUUGUACCCCACUUGAACGAGCAUCUGGCUUGCUGAGUCAGCUGAGUCGUCACAAUAUUUGAGCAGAAAGGCGUCAAGGCAAAACAGGAGGCAGUUCCAGUGGGAAAAUGUGUGUUAUGGGAGACAACACCUACUGGCGUGAUGACUUCAAAAAUAAAUUCUGCUGCAUUGUGAUACACACAUGUAUAGGUGCUUGCAUGUAUGUUAACACUGUCAUUUCUCAUGGUCAAAGCACAUGCCAGAAAAUCACACUUGUAAAAGAAGUGCAGACACACUUUCCUGAUAUUGUGUGAAAUCCAAACAGAUCACACAACAUUCCGAGCGUCAAGGUCAUACUUUCUUGUGAGGAGCUGCUUGUUACAUACGCACUUGAACUGACAGUGGUGAAUUGUGUUGUAGCAAUGCUGUCCUGUGUUGUGCUUCUCUUGGGCCCUUGGUGGAUCAAUUUCUUGAUACAUACCUACCGGGCAGAGGAGCUUUCAAGAGAGGAGGUUUUGUUGUGGUUCCAACACCGCAUUCUAGAUGGUUUGGAGCUGCAGGGACCACCACAUGUCCCACAGGGGCCCAAUGAAGAGAGAAUGACACCAAUCCCUCGAUGGGUCCCUGGAACCAGUCAGAGAGUGUGGGCAGAUCACCAAAGCCAACUGAGCCAGGAAACACCUGAGAUCAUUCUCUUCCCCAGAUCUGACUCAUCCUGCGGCAGAUCUGACUCGCCUGAACAGAACAGCUUCACAUAUUACUUCCAGCCAUCUGCAGACUACCAGCUGCUGAUGUCGGCCCAUUUCUGGUUCUAUGCUGGCAGAGGAGUCACAGCCAACUCCUCAGCCACGCUCUUUAUCCUCACAUUAGACGGGCAGCUUCUCCAGGGGGCAGAUGCUCUGUCCAAGAGCAGCCCAGAUGGAUGGACAACCUACAUCCUGGACCAGGACCUGUCGGCCCCGGUGCUUGGAGGGCCUUCCCUGCUUCGAGUGCACUGUUUUAACUGUCAGUGUCACAAUGAGGAGCCAGAUAAGAUUGCUUUUCUUCACCUGCACGCUCAACCAGGGACGGCACGCUCACCGAGGAGCGUACCAGACCCCAUCCCAUGGUCCGCCUCGGCCUUUAAUCUCCUCCAACGACCCUCACAGGAGAAGAUACAGCACAAUGACUGCGGCCGAGCUGAAAUCCAGAUCAGCUUCCAGGAGCUGGGCUGGAAUUAUUGGAUCAUCCACCCUAAGGUGCUGACCUUCUACUACUGCCAUGGCAAUUGCUCAGCCUCAAAGCAAACAAGUACCAUUCUUGGGAUCACGCAGUGUUGCGCCCCUGUCCCUGGAACCAUGAGGUCACUGCACAUCACCACCACAUCUGAUGGCGGCUACUCCUUUAAGCAUGAGACGUUGCCCAAUAUCAUUCCAGAAGAAUGUACCUGUAUCUAAAAGUGCAAGUUGAAAGGGGCAAGUCACCUCCAUAUCACACAAAACAUGUACUAUAGCUAGCGUGCUGGAUUUGCAACCAUUUCACUUUUACUCUCGACUCUCUAUAGCAGGGGUGUCAAGCUAAUUUUUUUUCACAGGCUUCAUUGUAGGUAUGUUUCUUUUUCUCACAGGGAAACUGUGAAACUCUAUAAAUGUAUAAUUGCCUCUUCGUAUUACUACAUAGACAUAAACAUUGAUUAUUGAUUGAUUGAUUGAAGUCAGAUUGUUCAACUAUUGCUUAAUUUAUUUUAAAAGAGUGGUUUACUUAUGCAAUGCAAUUCCACUUGACAUAAAAACACAUCAAACAACACGGAAACUGAUUUAUCCUGUAGCCAGUGAAUGCAGCACCUCUGUGGACUUGGGUAACGAACCCCAGGGUUAGCAGCAGUUUUACCGUGCUCACUGUACACACAGUUAUGAAUGCCGCGAUUAUUUUAUGUUACAUUAAUUUUAUUAUUAUGUUGUCAAUGUAUAGCUCCUAAAUGGUCGAGCUUUUCUUUGUUAAAAGUUGACUGUAUUUUUCAUUAUUCAUUUACUCGAGAAGUUGGCUAACCUACACUUUCUUUUUACUUCCGACUUAGUGUUUCUUGCUAAAAUAACUUUAACUUUUAAUAAUGUUAAGUUAUUGCUAGCAUUUUUUGUUACCAAUCACCCUUUUGAAAUAAACUGAAUAAUAGCUGGACCAGUUUUUACUGGCUUCUGAUUUCAAAAGUAGUUAUCCAUAAUUUUUUUUGUGUAUACAGUAUGUAAUAAUAUCAAUCAUAUAUCAUAUAUUCAUAUGGGUUCACAGUCAUAAUGGCCCAGUGAGUGAAACCAUAACUACAAUGUGGUCCGUGACAAAAAUUUGUUUGACACCCCUGCAAUAGAGCCAGUGACAACCAGAGUGGGCUAACACUUAACUCUAACUCCAGUUUUUUCAUUUUGCAGGACAGUGAUUUUGAAGUUUUAUGGCUGCUGACCAAUUGAUGCCACUAAGGUUUUAGUGCUAUAGUGGUUUAAUUUGAAAUAUCCAUCAAAUCUAUCACUAUUGCAUGAAAGAUGAUAAAGAAUAUUCUCUUAAACUAAUAUGCACCUGCACAGGCAUCCAUGCUAAAACAGUGAGUGCAAGUCAAAAUUUGACGGAGACCAGUAUUUAUCAGAAAGCGAUGCCUUUUCUCGAUUCAUUUCCUCAAUUAACUAAAAGAUGACAAAAAUUGAGUUAGCCCACUUUAGUUCUUAGUGCCCCAAUUUGUUGAGCAAUGAUUCUACAUAUUUUAAGAUGAAGUAGAGAAACACGAUUUGCUUUAGCGGGCAGCACGGUGAACGACUGGUUAAUACAUCUGCCUCACAGUUCUGAGGACCCGGGUUCAAUCCCCGGCCCCGCCUGUGUGGAGUUUGCAUGUUCUCCCCGUGCCUGCGUGGGUUUUCUCCGGGCACUCCGGUUUACUCCCACAUCCCAAAAACAUGUGUGGUAGGUUGAUUGAAGACUCUAAAUUGCUCGUAGGUGUGAAUGAGAGUGUGAAUGGUUGUUUGUUUAGAUGUGCCCUGCGAUUGCCUGGCGACCGGUUCAGGGUGCAUUACACAGUAUGCUGUGACUCAGCAAGAUUGUAUGACUUGCUCAACCCAACUUCCACGUUGGGUAACGUGUUCAUUUUUGGAGAUGAAGAAAAAAAAAAAUUUAAAUCUAAAAUAUGCCUUGGCGCUUGUUGUGGCACUCAAACGGCAAAGGAG